AUGGAAGACAUCUGCAGGGAGGAUGCAUCUAACUACAAGACAAUAAUACAGAAAUGUCACUCAGGAGAAGACCCCUUUGCACAUAUUGGGUAUGAUGGAGUUUUCACUCACCCCUACACAUUGACUCAGCAUGUUUUAACUCACACUGGACAGAGACCCUAUAAAUGGAGUGAAUGUGGAAACCCUUUCAGUCAUAGAAAUGACCUAUAUAGACACCAGAAACCUUAUAUGGAAGGCAAACUUUAUAAAUGUAAGGAAUGUGAGAAAUAUUUUCAUAAUAGAAGAAAGCUUUGCAUACACCAGAGAAUUCACACGGGAGAGAAACCCUAUAAAUGUGAUGAAUGUGGAAAACACUUCAGUCGAAACUCCCACCUUCGUUCCCAUAAAAUAACUCACACGGGAGAGAAUCCAUUUGUCUGUAAUCAGUGUGGGAGUCAUUUCAGGUAUUUUUCAUCUUUAACUAGACAUAAGCAUAUUCAUUCUGGAGAGAAGCCUUAUGAAUCUCAUCUGUGUGGAAAAGCCUUUGUUCAAAGCUCUUAUCUUAAACAACACGAGAGAACUCACACUGGAGAGAAACCAUAUAAAUGUCUCCUAUGUGGAAAAGCCUUUGUUACAAGCUCCAAUCUUAGAGAACAUGAGAGAACCCACACUGGAGAGAAACCAUAUAAAUGUCAUCUAUGUGGAAAAGCCUUUGUUACAAGCUCUUGUUUUCGAGAACAUGAGAGAACUCACACUGGAGAGAAACCAUAUAAAUGUCAUCUAUGUGGAAAAGCCUUUGUUACAAGCUCUUGUCUUAGAAAACAUGAGAGAACCCACACUGGAGAGAAACCAUAUAAAUGUCCUCUAUGUGGAACCUUUGUUACAAGUUCUAACCUUAGAGAACAUGAGAGAACUCAUACUGGAGAGAACCCAUAUAAAUGUCCUCUAUGUGGAAAGCCUUUGUUAAGCUAA